UGAUUCCCUUCCUUGCGGAAACGUUGUUUUGGCGCCGAAGGUUUCAAUCGCAUUUCUGCGCGGGUAAUGUCCUUUUGUUGUUAGCUAAACACGAAGUUUAAUUGUAGUGUAUAACCAGUAAUUCACUACAUCAGAAAACUACAAGACAGCAUGCAGCGAAGCAUAUCAUCUUUCUUUCAGCCCAAAACGGGCAAAGAGAAGGAGAGCAAAAAAAGUGCUGGACCGGGGAAAGACGAGCCGGUGAAAGACAAGCCAGAACCAAUCAAAAGGCCUCUCAAAGUUCAGAAUGGGGUCCAUGAAGAUCCUGAUUCGCCCGUGAAGAAGUUCACUAAACGCAGUCGUCAGAUCUUGGACAGUGAUGAUGAGGCUCCAAACGGAAUAGAACAGGAGCCAGAGGACAAGGCUGUGCAACCCAAGGAUGAAGUAUUCAAGGCUGUUACCAACCCCCUGUCCCCCGCCUCUCCAGUGACCUCAUCCGCCUCCCCUACCCCUGGAACCCCUGACACCCCCACUUCCAUCUCACCCUCCGGAAUACCCAAACGCCGCACCGCGAGGAAGCAGUUCCCCAAGAGAAAGCUGGACAGCAGGAGUGGCAGUGAAAAGGAGGAGGAAGAACAAGGACAGCAGAAUAAAAGGGCAAAGGUUGAGGAGACGCAGGACAGCACCGAGAAUGAAGAGGAAGCGAUGGACGUGGGAGGAGAGAACAGUGUGGAUAAGCCUGAGGUGGUGCAGAACAACCCGGAGGAGAAAGACACGGAUGAAGAGAAGACCAAAGAUGGAGAGAAGGAGAAAGCACUUGAUGUCAAAGUGACCGUGACCGAGGAGGAAAAAGGAAAAAGUGAAAAGGCUAAAGAGAGAAGUCCUAAGGGUCAAAAGGCUAAAGAGAGAAGUCCUAAGGGUCAAAAGGUUAAAGAGAGAAGUCCUAAGGGUCAAAAGGUUAAAGAGAGAAGUCCUAAAGAGAGAAGUCCUAAGGGUCACAAGUCUGUAAAGGAUGGCAAAGACAUGAAAGAAGAGAAAGUGUCAGAAAGCCCCCAAGCCAAAAAAGCACCCACCAUCAGCAGUUUCUUUGCUCCCAGGAAGGCUGCUGUAAAGAUGGAGAAACCAGAGAAGAGCGAGGGAGAGGGAAAGGAGAAGAGCGAGGGAAAGGAGAAGAGCGAGGGAAAGGAGAAGAGCGAGGGAGAGAAGGGAAAGGGUAAGAAGAAGAGCAAGGGAAAGGAGAAGAGCGAGGGAAAGGAGAAGAGCGAGGGAAAGGAGAAGAGCGAGGGAAAGGAGAAGAGCGAGGGAAAGGAGAAGAGCGAGGGAAAGGGUAAGGAGAAGAGCGAGGGAAAGGGUAAGGAGAAGAGCGAGGGUAAGGGUAAGGAGAAGAGCGAGGGUAAGGGUAAGGAGAAGAGCGAGGGAAAGGGUAAGGAGAAGAGCGAGGGAAAGGGUAAGGAGAAGAGCGAGGGAAAGGGUAAGGAGAAGAGCGAGGGAAAGGGUAAGGAGAAGAGCGAGGGAAAGGGUAAGGAGAAGAGCGAGGGAGAGGGUAAGGAGAAGAGCGAGGGAGAGGGUAAGGGGAAGAGCGAGGAGUAUAUAAAGGAAGAGGCGACGGUGUCCCGUACCACGGAGGACGUUAAAGACAAGAAAGGAGAGAAGAAUGCCCAGGCGCAGUAUGAUCCGUCCAGACCCAACUACCACCCUGUAGACCACGCCUGCUGGAGCCGGGGACAGAGGGUCCCGUAUUUGGCUGUUGCACGCACCUUUGAAAAGAUUGAGGAAGAUUCUGGCAGAUUGAGGAACAUUGAAACAUUAUCAAAUCUCCUACGCUCUGUUAUCAUCCUCUCUCCAGAGGACCUGCUGUGCUGCGUCUACCUGUGUCUCAAUCAGCUGGGUCCUGCUUACAUGGGGCUGGAGCUGGGAGUGGGAGAAACUGUUCUGAUGAAGGCUGUCGCCCAAGCUACUGGGCGACAGUUGGACAAAAUCAAGGCGGAGGCUGCAGAGAAGGGGGACUUGGGGUUGGUGGCUGAGAGUUCCCGUAACAACCAGAGAAUUAUGUUCCAGCCAGCCAAUCUGAUUGCAGGGGGUGUGUUCAACAAACUGAAAGACAUCGGGAACAUGAGUGGGAAUUCUGCCAUGAAUAAGAAGAUUGACAUCAUCAAAGGUCUCUUUGUAGCCUGUCGUUUCUCUGAAGCCAGAUACAUUGUCAGGUCGCUGGCAGGGAAGCUGAGGAUUGGCUUGGCUGAACAGAGUGUACUGUCUGCCCUGAGUCAGGCCGUGUGUCUGUCUCCUCCAGGACAAGACUUCCCUCCGGCGGUGAUUGACGCAGGGAAAGGAAUGAGUGCAGAAAAACAGAAAGCUUGGAUAGAAGAGAAGAGCCUUCUCCUCAAACAGACUUACUGUGAGAUGCCCAACUAUGAUGUCAUCAUCCCAGUCAUUCUGAAGGAGGGGAUUGAUGAACUCCCCAACCACUGCAAACUCACUCCAGGUGUACCGUUGAGGCCCAUGCUGGCUCACCCCACCAAAGGUGUAGGAGAGGUGAUGAAGAGAUUUGAUGAAGCCGCCUUCACCUGCGAGUACAAGUAUGAUGGAGAACGAGCACAGAUCCAUAUCUUGGAGAACGGGGAAGUGCGUAUUUUCAGUCGCAACCAGGAGGAUAAUACCACCAAAUAUCCUGACAUCAUCUCUCGCAUUCAUACGGUAAAGAAUGAGUCUGUGAUAUCCUGUGUGUUGGACACUGAGGCAGUAGCUUGGGACAGAGAGAAGAAACAGAUCCAACCGUUCCAGGUUCUCAUCACACGGAAGAGAAAGGAUGUGGCUGCAGCUGAUAUCAAGGUCCAAGUGUGUGUGUACGCCUUCGACCUGCUGUAUCUCAAUGGAGAGUCUCUAGUGAAGCAGCCCUUGUCAUGUCGCAGGGCUCUGUUGAAGAAGAGCUUCCAGGAGAAGGAGGGAGAGUUUGCGUUCGCCCGCGCCAUCGACUCAGACAACACAGACGUCAUAGCUGAGUUCCUGGAGCAAUCGGUUCGAGACUCCUGUGAGGGACUCAUGGUGAAGACUCUGGAGAAAAAUGCCACGUAUGAAAUCGCCAAGCGCUCUCACAACUGGCUCAAGCUGAAGAAGGAUUAUCUGGAUGGCGUGGGGGACACGAUGGAUCUGUGUGUGAUCGGAGCCUAUCUGGGGAAGGGCAAGAGAGCAGGGACCUACGGAGGCUUUCUGCUCGCCUGCUACGAUGAGGACAAUGAAGAGUUCCAGUCCGUCUGCAAGAUUGGGACAGGUUUCAAGGAUGAAGAUUUGGAGCAACAUUAUACAUUCUUAAAGGAGCAUAUUUUGCCAAAGCCCCGCCCCUAUUACCGUGUGGACCAAUCAACUGAGCCCGACUUGUGGCUCGAUGCCGUGCAAGUAUGGGAAGUGAAGUGUGCCGACCUAUCGCUGUCGCCGAUCUACAAGGCUGGCAUGGGAUUGUGUGACCCAGAGAAGGGCAUCUCUCUUCGGUUCCCACGCUUCCUGAGGAUCAGAGAUGAUAAGAAGCCGGAGGAGGCCACUUCAGGUGGACAGAUUGCUGAUUUAUACAGGAAGCAGCAGGUUGUUCAGAAUCAGGGUGACAAAGCUGACCUCGAGGACUACUACUGACCUCUGACCCGAUCAGCUGCCCAUCCAGUCGCCAAUAACUCGGGUGAAACCUCAAUGUGUACAUAAUUAUUAUUAUUGUUUUUUUAAAUGAUGAACCUGAAUAUGGCUCUGCCAAUGCAAAAAUGAAAGUGAAGACCCUGUGAACAGCUGUGUUGCUAGAUAUAUAGGCGUUGCCAAUGUUAUGAGGUUAAACAGUUUGUUGUUGUACCUAAGGCUUAUUUUGUGGGGGGAUCGUAUUCACACCAGUAUAAAGUACAGUUGUCAAAUCACCGUGAUGUAUGUGAAUAAAGGCUUUUGCUAAUUUUAUAAUA